GUCCUCUACUCUGAUAACCGACAUUUUUGCGGCAUGAGACAAAGAUGAAUGCAGCACUGUCUGGGUCUCUUGGGCCGCAUAAUUUGCCGCGUUUCUACACCAUUUUCUAGCUAGCUGAUGCAGUUUGCAUAUACUGGAUCACUUCCACCAAACUGAAAAUGGAUGCGGGAGCAGGAUGGUUCCCCAUUAGCAUUUAUUUUCUCGUACGUAUGUAAAUUGAAUUAUCUGGUCGUGCGCCUGAGAAAAUCUUGCUCAUCUCAACAAACUAUGGUCUUCUUGAAAAUCAAAAGUAAGCAGCCCGUAGUUUGGGCCGGCAAACGUAAUUUUGUCAACAGCCUUGUUGUUAUCUUUCUUGUCGACAGAAACAGAAUCGCUUGCGCACGUAAGCUAGGGAACAAGAGUGCAGUCCAGAUUUGGAAUGAGCACGACCGCGAGCGACAUCAUGAUCAUCAGGAUCUCCCUCCCGAUGGCCGUUCAGGUUCCCCUGACGAGCAGCAGUUGCAAACACGACAUCUUCGGCGGGCACACAGGAAGAAGUCUAAAAAACAGUCGUUGCUCGCUCGCACAAGACGAGUCUUUGGAAGUAGCAACGCAUCUUCAUCAUCGAGCCAGCAACCAUCUUCGGCACUGCAAAAGCUUGACCAUGCAGCGCAGGCAGGAGUGGAAAAUGGAAAGACAGCAGCUGGUGGCUCUGGUGUUGACCAAAUAGCUGCACAGCAACAAACCCGUUCUCUGGUGGAUCCGAAGUCGUUUCGCGACAGAAUUCCGAAGUCGUUUCGAGUGGAGCUUGCUAUCCAAUCUCUCCCCGAUCCGAAGUCGUUUCGCGACAGAAUUUUAGCUGAGGGACCGGUUCCGUGGGACAGCAUCAGCACUUCAGUCAACCACGCCGACGGCAGAAUAGAGGCUUCGGAGUGGGAGAAAGCGUAUGGACAUGAAACGAUCGGAGUCUUCAAUGCGCUGGACGAUCCACAAACCGAAGACAAUGCUCGCGGGUAUUUGAACAAACAAGAAUACGGCGCACUGACCUACUGGGUGGCGGGAGGGACCGUGAGAGACGCAAACGGACAUUUCCACCGUGCCUGUCUCUGCAAGAGCCUCGCGUAUGAUCAUAACAGUGGAAGCCGCGUCGCACUGAGAAUAACCGACAUGGAAACCCGAUUGCCUGAACCGUUGCCGGACUUUGCAGCACUGGCGCUAUGGGAUUUUGAUGGGAGCAAAAUUUCUUUGUCUGAGUUCCGGGACGGCGGCGCCAACGCGUUCGGAAACAUAAGCGACGGAACUAACGACUUUGAGACGCAAAUGGAGUUUGCGGAGGAUUUAUUCCGGUGUGUGGAUGGUAUCUUGGACGGUACAGCAAGCGGCUUUAUAGAAUGGGCGGAAUACAAUCGUUUUGUGAAAGACCGGUAUAGUGUGUGCGCAGCGUUCCAACGGUCGAGCGUGGACCUCGAGUAUCAACUGCAAAUGUGUUUGGGUUUGGAAAAAUUGAAAUCUGUAUUGCGUGUUUUGCACUCCUAUGAAAUCUGUAUUGCGUGACCGACAAAAGCGGAAGCGCGAAUUCUUUGUCAUGCAAAAACGCAGUUUAUCAUGCGAAUUACACAUGAGGAAGCGUCCUGAAAAUUUGGCAUGUUUGGCUGCUCUCAGGAGUAUGCUCAAUCAUCGCCACUUAGCAUCACAAGUUUCCAGACCCAGACAUAUUUGCAAUGCAUAGCGAGCAGGGAGCAGCAAAUUCUCAACGCGGUCCAAUUAGACCUGCAGGGCAACUUGGAUUUUACCCUCAGGGUGAAGAGGAAAAGCCAGGACCUGGUAUUCCUGGAGAUCUGCGUGGAAUGGCAACUGCCAAUUAUGGCACGGAUCCGGCGCAAGCAGGAGAGCCACAACCAGUACCAGAAGCAGAUGAACCUCCAACCACACGAACUACGUCUAGUACCACCUCGAGGCCUACUUCUGAAGAGUCACCUUGGAUGUUGUCCGAUGGAGGUGCGUCAACAGAUGCAGCACCUGCGAGGAACCUGCAUGGUACCGCAAGAAUUAUAUCCGACGCGGCAACAAGGAACGAAGAACCGCUCGACCGGAAUUAUAACAGUAGUACGACCACAGAAUCAGGAGCCACAGUGUCAGUGGAUAAGACUGAUCAAAAUACUCUACACCCAGCGCAGUUCAGUAACAACGGACACGGAACAACAACAAGCGGUGGCGGGACAAGAGGUGGAAGCAGUAUUUUUCACCCAGACGAUGAACCACAAACACGACCCUCGACUGAAGCCCUUUUGGGGUCUUCGUCUGAAAAUGAAAAACAAGAUUCCACAAGAAGAACGUGGUUUGGACGAGGACAACGAGGGACUACAGAUUCCAGCGACAAGAGCGAAGUGGAGAUGAAAGACGUAAACGACCCGACCAACAACAACCCCAACGAAAGUGAGCCGCCAAAGAAGAUGAGCUCUCUGCUGUUGGCUUUGAUCCUCGUCUCCGUCAUGCUGGUGCUGACCCUCCUGGCGCUUGCGGUGAUAGUCUCUUGCACAACUUCGAUUUCGCUUGUGCCUCUCAACUACGACAAUGACGGCAGCGGUGCUGGAACACCACGUCGAUCCGCUGGGGCCAACUACAGAAACAGUUUCGUCCACACGGGAGCUGGAGCAGCCACAGAGACUGGCACAGCUGGAGAGGGCACUACGACCACUGGCACUCCUUUUGACGAAAUGGAAAGAAAAAUCCAGUACGAGCAAAACAAAAAGCAGAGACCACUGAUUUCUUACGACAUGAGCACGGCAAGUUUUGGGAACAAAAAUUUCAUCACUUCGUCAACCCUGCAAAGCGCACCACUGUCAUCUUCAACGGUGGCGGGAAAUGCUGCCGUAAGUGGGGAAGGUCUAGGUCUUGAAUCAGGUGCUGCUGCUGGAGAUGCUGCGAAAGGUAGUUCGACACCGGCUGCACAGAUCGUUUCCUUUGAGAAGAAAUAGAAAAGUUUUACUAGGGCGAAAGAGAUGCUGAAGCCUCGAAUUUUUGGCUUGUGUUUAGUUUUAGAAGUUUGUCCCAUGGUGAGAUCAAUUUGCGCUGUUGCUGCAGAUGUUAUGUUUUCUGCAACAAGAAGAACAAGAAAUGCAAUUGCGGAAAAAUUUUUUCUAUUAUGCCUUUUUAGACGGAACAGAUAUUAU